UUAAAGCACUUUAACGCGUCUACAAAAGAGCGUACUAUUAGCACCUACUAUCUACUUAUUAUUAAUAGCUAUAAGAGCUACAACUCUAUAGAGUUUAAGGAAUACUGCGCAGAAUACAAGAUUAUUACCUUGUGUAUACCCCUACACUUGUUGCACCUGUUGCAGCUGCUUAACAUAGCCUGUUUUAGCCCCUUAAAGAGGGCGUACUUAAUUAAGGUACAGGAUAUAAUAGCUAAGAAGGACAGUAGUGGUAGUAAGGCAUCUGAACAGUCUAGGAAGAAGACAGCCUAUUAUAAGGCUAUUAUAAAAGACAAUAUCUACAGAGGCUUUAGAGGCGCAGGACUAGUUCCUUUUAACCUAGAGCGAGUGCUAUUAAAGCUUGAUGUGGUCCUUCGCACGCCAACACUACCACCA